CCCGGAGCGCGCGCGCCCCCGCGGCCGCCGCGAUUGGCCGCGGCGCUGACAGCUUGGCGGCGAUUGCAGGAGGCGGCGCCCCGCCCCCCGCCCGCGCCCCGUCCCCAUUCAUAAACUACAGGGCCCGGUGGCAGCGCCCGAGACACAGAGAGACACGGGCACGCGGCGGAGACGCGCCGAAAGUGAGAGCCUCGGCGCGUCCUUCCAGGGGUGGGGAGGGGGAGGAGAAGCCGUCCCCGGCACAGCAGCUACGCCCUCCUCCCGCUCAGGAUAAAACACAGUCAAAGACAAAAAAAAACAGCAACCCAAACAAACAACAACCAACCUAUAUAUAUAAUCUCUCUCGCUCCAAACAACCCGUGUAGAGCUGCAGGACAGGAAUGAGAGCUCACAGACCAAGUGCACACGUCUGCGCGUAAAGCUAGAGAGAGAGAAAGCCGGGUUCAGACAACGCCUCCAGCAGGAAAAGGGAGAUCAACAACACCCCCAGACAGUCUGAGAGCGGCAGCCAAACUCAUGCACAUCUCUGGCGGUGCCACGGACUGAGAGAGAGCGAGGCAGACAGACAGACACAGAGUUCACUCUUCCGCUCCGGGCGUUGCUCGCAUUCUUCUCUCGUAUCGUGUGCGGUUGUAAACUUCGGCUUUUCUGCGGGGACCUUCUGCGAGUCCGGGGGAAGUUUUGUUUGGGUUUUCCGUUGGUUUUGUUUGUUGGGGUUUGUUUUUUUCUUUUUUUCCAUGAACUACUGAGAGGGAAUUUUUGCCGCUGCUCGGGGGGGCGGGCAGCAAAGACCUCCCUGUUCCCACAGCCACCCAAAACUCUGCGCUCCGGGAGCCCGCGGGGGCUGCCCGCGCCUCGCACUCCUCGCCGGGGCUUUCGCUCCUUAGCGCUUCGUCGUCUCCCCGAUUUUUUUUAUUUUGUCGUUUUUAAUUCUUUUUCCCUGCCGCCUUCUUCCCGGAGGGGGUGGGGGUCCGCGAUUUGGCCGGUGCCCUCCGCAAAGCUGCAGCCACCGCUAAAGCAUUGGAUCCCUCAACGUACUGCGAGAGCCCGGUGUACAGCCCGGACCUGUGCCCCAACAUGAUCGCCGCCCAGGCCAAGCUGGUCUACCAGCUCAACAAAUACUACACGGAGCGCUGCCAGGCUCGCAAGGCUGCCAUCGCCAAGACCAUCCGCGAGGUGUGCAAGGUGGUGUCGGACGUGCUGAAGGAGGUGGAGGUGCAGGAGCCGCGCUUCAUCAGCUCCCUGAGCGAGAUCGACGCCCGCUACGAAGGGCUGGAGGUGAUCUCGCCCACCGAGUUCGAGGUGGUGCUCUACCUCAACCAGAUGGGGGUCUUCAACUUCGUGGACGACGGCUCCCUGCCGGGCUGCGCCGUGCUGAAGCUGAGCGACGGCCGCAAGCGUAGCAUGUCCCUCUGGGUGGAGUUCAUCACCGCCUCGGGAUACCUGUCCGCCCGCAAGAUCCGCUCCCGCUUCCAAACGCUGGUGGCCCAGGCCGUGGACAAGUGCAGCUACCGGGACGUGGUGAAGAUGAUCGCGGACACGAGCGAGGUGAAGCUCCGCAUCCGCGAGCGCUACGUGGUGCAGAUCACGCCCGCCUUCAAGUGCACGGGGAUCUGGCCCCGCAGCGCGGCGCAGUGGCCCAUGCCGCACAUCCCCUGGCCCGGCCCCAACCGGGUGGCCGAGGUGAAAGCCGAGGGCUUCAACCUGCUCUCCAAGGAGUGCUACUCGCUGACGGGCAAGCAGAGCUCGGCCGAGAGCGACGCCUGGGUGCUGCAGUUUGGCGAGGCCGAGAACCGGCUGCUGAUGGGCGGCUGCAGGAACAAGUGCCUCUCGGUGCUCAAGACGCUUCGCGACCGGCACUUGGAGCUGCCCGGGCAGCCCCUCAACAACUACCACAUGAAGACUCUGCUGCUCUACGAGUGCGAGAAGCAUCCGAGGGAGACCGACUGGGACGAGGCGUGCCUGGGAGACCGCCUGAACGGCAUCCUCCUGCAGCUCAUCUCCUGCCUGCAGUGCCGGCGCUGCCCCCACUAUUUCCUGCCCAACCUCGACCUCUUUCAGGGCAAACCCCACUCGGCCCUGGAGAGCGCUGCCAAACAGACCUGGAGGCUAGCCAGAGAAAUCCUCACCAAUCCCAAAAGCCUCGACAAGCUAUAGGGUUAACACCCCCCCACCCCCCUGCGCGGGAAAAAAAAAAAAAAAAGAAAAAAAAAAAGAACCUCGCUCUCCGUAAAACAACAAAACUUUUUCUUUUAAUUUUAUUUAACGCGAACGACGACGGAAAGAGGAGGCGAAAGAAACGCGCCCCGCCACCCUCGCCCACCUGCGGCUCGGCGUUUUAAAAACUUGCAGACGGUUUUCCCGGCAUAAAAACUCUCACCGCCUCGCACGGAAGAGCCUCUCUCCCCCCCUCCCCAUCCCAUGGCCUCCAAUGUGAAUUUUUAAAAAGUCACAAAAAGAGAAGCGAAUCGGACUUUUGCGACCUUGAAACGAAACUCGAAAGGUACAUUUUUUCCAAUCCAUGUAUAGCCCUUUUCUUACUCUCUCUCGUUUUGCCUGAAUGUUGUCACCAAGUGAAAAAAAAUUAUUUAACUAUAUGUACAAAUUUCCCUUUAAAAAAAGUUUUACUGGUGUUAAAUGUAUUUCGGUGCCAAGGUCAGAUUAUG